AUGCUUUUUGAAUGGAAGAAAGCUCAAACCCCUUUGACUGCUCGGAAAGGGAACAGGACUUUGAACUCUGCCAAGCCAGCCCUGCUCCAGCUGUCUGACUACCUGCUGACUCAUUACAGAAAGGGUGUCCGGCCAGUUCAGGACUGGAGAAGGACAACCAACGUAGCCAUUGAUGUCAUGGUAUAUGCCAUUCUCAGCGUGGAUGAAAAAAAUCAGGUGCUGACAACCUACAUCUGGUACAGGCAGCACUGGAUCGACGAGUUUCUCAGGUGGAAUCCAGAGGACUUUGAUAACAUCACGCAGAUGUCCCUCCCCACCCAGAGCAUCUGGGUACCAGACAUCCUCAUCAAUGAGUUUGUGGACGUGGGCAAGUCCCCGGACAUCCCAUACGUCUACGUCCGCCACCACGGGGAGGUCCAGAACCUCAAGCCGAUCCAGGUGGUAACUGCCUGCAGCCUGGACAUCUACAACUUCCCCUUCGACGUGCAGAACUGCUCGCUCACCUUCACCAGCUGGCUGCACAACAUCCGCGACAUCAACAUCUCGCUGUGGCGGCAGCCAGAGCUGGUGAAAUUUGACAAGAGCGUCUUCAUGAACCAGGGAGAGUGGGAGCUUCUCUACGUACUCAGCCAGUUCCGGGAGUUCAGCGUGGAGGGAAGCGACAGCUACGCCGAGAUGAAGUUCUAUGUGGUCAUCCGGAGACGCCCCCUCUUCUACGCCGUCAGCCUGCUGCUCCCCAGCGUCUUCCUGAUGGUCAUGGACAUCGUGGGGUUCUACCUGCCUCCCGACAGCGGGGAGAGGGUCUCCUUCAAGAUCACCCUCCUGCUGGGCUACUCCGUCUUCCUGAUCAUCGUGUCCGACACGCUGCCCGCCACUGCCAUUGGGACCCCACUGAUAGGUGUCUAUUUUGUUGUGUGCAUGGCCUUGCUGGUCAUCAGCCUGACCGAGACCAUCCUGAUCGUGCGCCUGGUCCACAAGCAGGACCUGCAGCCUCACGUCCCCGACUGGGUCAAGCACCUGGUGCUGGAACGAGCCACCAUCCUGCUCUGCAUCCGUGACAGGAAGAAAUUCUACCCCAGCAGGACACAGAGUUCAGACAUCAGCCGGCACCUGGAGAACAAUGACAGCACAGCCAAGCUGAACCACUAUGGCUGUGAGAACCUCCGUGAGUACGAGAGGGUGGCAGGCGCAAGGCCAUUGCCGGCACCGCCGGCACAAGGGGAGAGCUCCUCAGUGGUGGCCAGCAUCCUGCAGGAAAUCUCUGCCAUCCGCCAGUUCUUGGAGAAGCGCGACGAGUUCCGCGACAUCGCCCGCGAGUGGCUCCAGGUGGGCUAUGUGCUGGACGUGCUGCUCUUCCGGGUGUACCUGGUGGCUGUGCUGGCCUAUAGCAUCACGCUGGGCACCCUCUGGUCCGUCUGGCAGUAUGCAUGA